GUGGCGGCCGUCGGCCGAGGGUCCGGAGGCGGGGCCGCAGGUCUCGGGCGCUGAGUCCGGCAGGCCGCGACUCGGCCGCGGCAGGGUGCUGGCUGAGGCCAUGGGCGACCGCGGCGGCUCGGGCGGCCCCCGGCGACGGAGGCCGGGGUCGCGGCCCUCGAGCCAGGGCGGCAGCGGGCCCGCGGCGGCGGAAGAGGUGAGGGACGUGGGCGCCUGGGGGGACUCGCCGGCCCCGGACAAGGACAAGGACGGAGACGUCGACGUGGGCAGUGGCCCCUGGGAUCUGAGGUGCCACCGCCUGCAGGAUUCUUUGUUCAGCUCCGACAGUGGCUUCAGCAACUACCGUGGCAUCCUGAAUUGGUGCGUGGUGAUGCUGAUCUUGAGCAAUGCUCGGUUAUUUCUAGAGAACCUCAUCAAGUACGGCGUCCUGGUGGACCCCCUCCAGGUGGUGUCUCUGUUCCUGAAGGACCCCUACCGCUGGCCUGCUCUGUGCCUGGUUAUUGUGGCCAACAUCUUUGCUGUGGCUGCGUUCCAGGUGGAGAAGCGCCUGGCUGUGGGUGCCCUGACGGAGCAGGCAGGGCUGCUGCUGCACGUGGUCAACUUGGCCACCAUUCUCUGCUUCCCGGCGGCUGUGGCCUUCCUGCUUGAGUCCAUCACUCCAGUGGGCUCCGUGCUGGCUCUGAUAGUGUACACCAUCCUCUUCCUCAAGCUGUUCUCCUACCGGGACGUCAACCUGUGGUGCCGAGAGCGCAGGGCUAGGGCCAAGGCCAAGGCCGCUUCUGCCAGUAAAAAGGCCAAUGGGGGAGCUGCCCAGGGCACUGUGAGCUACCCAGACAAUCUGACCUACCGUGAUCUGUACUACUUCCUCUUUGCUCCUACUUUGUGUUACGAACUCAACUUUCCCCGCUCCCCUCGCGUCCGAAAGCGCUUCCUGCUGCGGCGGCUCCUUGAGAUGCUGUUCCUUACCCAGCUCCAAGUGGGGUUGAUCCAGCAGUGGAUGGUCCCCACCAUCCAGAACUCCAUGAAACCCUUUAAGGAUAUGGACUACUCGCGCAUCGUUGAGCGCCUCCUGAAGCUGGCGGUCCCCAACCACCUCAUCUGGCUCAUCUUCUUCUACUGGCUCUUCCACUCCUGCCUGAAUGCUGUGGCCGAGCUCAUGCGGUUUGGAGACCGGGAGUUCUACCGGGACUGGUGGAACUCUGAGUCUGUCACCUACUUCUGGGAGAACUGGAACAUCCCUGUUCACAAGUGGUGCCUCAGACAUUUCUACAAGCCCAUGCUCCGGCGGGGCAGUAGCAAGUGGCUGGCCAGGACGUGCGUGUUCCUGGCCUCAGCCUUCUUCCACGAGUACCUGGUGAGCAUCCCUCUGCGCAUGUUCCGCCUCUGGGCCUUCACGGGCAUGAUGGCUCAGAUCCCGCUAGCCUGGAUAGUGAGCCGCUUCUUCUGGGGCAACUACGGCAAUGCAGCUGUGUGGCUGACGCUCAUCAUCGGGCAGCCGGUGGCCGUGCUCAUGUACGUCCACGACUACUACGUGCUCAACCACGAGGCCCCAGUGGCCGGGGCCUGAGCCUGAGCUGCGCCCCCAAGGGCAUGUGUGCUGGGACAGGGGCCUGGCUGGGCACUGCUGCCCCCUGGGCACAGGCCAGCGCGGGUGGUGGGGGGAAUGCCUGUGCUCUGGAAACUGCUGAUCCUGCCCAAGGGUCCGAAGGUGUCAAUAAAGUGCUAUCCAGAGGGA